GGAGAUCUCCGCGCCGUCGCCACCCACACGCGCUUUGUUUCGUGGAUCAAACAUCAUUAAAUGGAAAAGAUAUAUAGAUAGAUGUCUAGUUUUGUGACUCCAAACACCAACCAAGCAACUCUUUGACAAUCCUCAUCUGUAUUGUUCAUCAUUACCUAACCAUGGAGACGGUGGUGAUUGUGGCCAUAGGUGUGCUGGCCACCAUCUUCCUGGCAUCAUUUGUGGCACUGGUGGUGGUGUGCCGCCAUCGUUACUGCCACCCACCUGACUUUCUACACCAGUUUGAUUCCAAACCCACAGUGGAUCUUAUUGGAGCAAUGGAGACUCAGAGUGAACCAUCUGAGUUGGAGCUGGAUGAUGUUGUCAUCACGAACCCUCAUAUUGAGGCCAUGUUGGAGAAUGAGGACUGGAUUGAGGAUGCCUCUGGCCUUGUGUCUCACUGCAUUGCUAUUCUGAAGAUAUGCCACACACUUACCGAAAAGCUAGUUGCCAUGACAAUGGGUUCUGGAGCAAAGGUCAAAGCACCUGCCAGCCUGAAUGACAUUAUCACAGUGGCCAAGCGCAUCAGCCCAAGGGUGGAUGAUGUGGUUCGAUCUAUGUACCCACCACUAGACCCCAUUCUCCUGGACGCCAGGGCCACUGCAUUACUGUUGUCGGUAAGUCACUUGGUACUAGUAACACGGAACGCCUGCCACAUGUCUGGCAGCCUGGACUGGAUCGACCAAUCACUGCAUGCAGCCGAGGAUCAUAUGGUCAUACUGAGAGAGGCGGCUUUAGCGUCCGAACCAGAGAGGGCUUUGCCAGAGAGGGAGCACUCUAUCUGACUCACUCAAAAGCACAUGAGACUAAGACUCUGUAAACACACAUGUACAUGAGCACCUGAAAAGAAUAUGUUAUUUAGUGAGCAAUAUCUCAACAGAUACCUGAAAUGGGUUUUUUAGUCGAAGAGAAAAGCAUCACCCAAACACAUACAUAUUAAAAAGAUAGUUGUCACUCUUAGUCCAACCUUUCUUUUGAAUGCUGUUUCUCUCUCUCUCUCUCCCAAGCUUAAUCACUGUUACAUUUCAGUUCAGUUGUUAAAUUGUGGUAUACUGUCUGAUAUUUCCUCAUGGUAGAUACAUACAAUAUAUAGAUUCUGCACCGAUUAGUGCCGGAAACAAUCAAAAAUAUAAAUGAAUAAACCAGAUCUAAAGAGUUUCUGAUUGAAUUUGCCAAGUUUUUUGGCUUAACAAUUUGUAGUACAUUUUUACACAAACAUCACAUCUUUUUCUUUUCUAGAUAAGAGUGUACAUAUUGUACUAUUAUGUUUUAAAAGGAUGUUAUGAGUUCAGUGCAAGUUUAGGCAUGAUGUUGAAUAGGCCUACCUUAAAAUAUUAUUUCAACUCAUCCUUGUUUUUUUUAAAUGAGCAAAAAUCACAGUUACAGGUAGGUACUUACAAUGGAAGUGAAUGGGGCCAGUACAUUAUUAUCAAAACCCACAAAGCCACAGAUAGACACAAGCCAUUAAUAACAUUCAUGUUAACAUGCUUUAAUGUUAUAAAAUCACUUACUAACCUUUUCUGUUUAAAGUUAUAUCCAAUAUUUAAACUUCAAUGUCAAGAUGACGUAAAACAGGUAAACCCUUUAUACUGGUAAACACUGUAACACUAAUAAAUCCCUGAUUUUUUCAUAUUAAAAUCAUGUUAACAUGUAUGUUUACAUCUUGUGGCUAUUACUAUUUUAUUGUUAACAGACUGGUCCCAUUCACUUCCAUUGUUAUAGCUUAACUGUAACCACGAUUAUUUUUUCUUCUUUUUUUCAUUCUUUUUUCUUUUUUUAAUAAAUGAGGGCAGAGUCAAAGUAAUUUUUGUGGUAAUCAACUUUAUGCCAAAAAUGCGACCGACUGAACUUACCUUGUAUUGAACACAGAACAUUCCUUUAAUACAAAAAGUACAGUAUAUUUUGAUGGUAUAUACACGGUUUGCAUAUCUUCAUUGUUAACAUUAUCAGUGACAUAAGAAUGUUAAGAUCUAUUCAUUUUUCUGUGGCUGAUGUGAGUAGUUGUUAGGCCAAUAUCUUAAAAGUAUACACUAAUUCUGCAGUGGAAAUUCAGAUUUGUUUCCAUUUUCAGUUUAGCCUCUUUUAUAGAACCGUUUGUGUAUACUGCAGUAAAUACAAUGUAAAGAGACAUCUUCCACAUACACCAGUGUAAUCACAUCUCAAAUUCAAGAUAGCUUUUGGUGAAUGUACCUUACUUGUAGUUAAAUGUCAAUCAUUAUUCAGCAAGAGUAAAAAUACACACUCACAUUCUUAUCUCUGUCUGCCAUCUAGAAGUAGCCUGUAAUUUUUCACCAGAGUCACAUGAAGUCUGAAUCCACACUAAUUCCCUCCCUCACAGUCACAGUGUUCACAACCCCCCACUACACUUACACUUUCCUCUUUCAAAUACCACACACACUCACUGCAUUUACUGUACAAUAAACAGACACACAGGACCCUGCAAUUCAUAUUUCAUGUAUCACAUACAGUUGUCAAUCAGAUACUGUUCAGUUUCAAUGGUAAGAAUAUAUACAUUUUAUCAUGAUUAUUUUUUAUUUGUGUCA